UGAUUACCUCCCUUAACAGAUGGUUUAUCUUGGCAACACGACUAAAACGUUAAAUACAUGGAUGAUGCUCCUUUAACUACUUCUACUUUGUGAGUAAUACACAAAGUUGAGGAAAUGGCAGCCAAGAACCAUGUGGCACCAUAUGUGAACCCAGCUCAAGAACCAAAAGAAAUGGCAGCUAACGAUUUGCGAAAGGAAAGCAAAACAAGAUUGAUUGUUAAAGAAAGGAUGCAGAAAGCUGCAAGAUUUAAUGCAUUCUACAAGCAAUUGGGCUCUAACGUGAAACCUGAGCAAAAGCGGAUUGAUUAUGUGUUGGUGUUCCCAAACACCAGUAUAAGUGAAAUAGAGGAUGAGGAUGAUAAACAUGACUUUGAAAAGCGUAUGGCAUUAAGAGAGAAAUUUGAAGCAGCGAUGGAAGAACAAGGUCUUCAGCUUCAGAAGUUGGUUAUCGGGGAUAAAGUCUUCACGCAGAUCCACUGUCCAUUUCGUCGACUGUGUGAGGAGGCAGAGCUGGUGUCAUUGGAGAUGCCUUUGAAAGAUUGUGAGAGUGAAAAUGUGGAUACCCCAACCUUUUUAGAUAAAUUCAUUCGAGACAACUUUGUAACAGAUGACCAAGUGGACCUUGUGAGUGCGCCAUUCAAGAUGGAACACAUGAACCUGUACGACGGACAUGAUGACCCGACUAACUUCUUCAGACCUGCCCUCAGAGCCAUCCUGGUGGAACACAUACUCAUAAACAUUGAUUUGAGGACGACAGGGGAGUCCGCGAGAAAUCUGUUUAAGAAGGGCAAGCUCGCAGACAUGUCACCGACAGAUGAAAUUACUACCGCAGACUUUUAUAGUGAUAGGAGUGGGUCUUGCUGUGGAUGUGUCAAGGGAAAUAAUGAGCUGGGGGACCUUCAGAAAGUUGGAUGUGUUUUGUGUAUUGAAAAGAAAGAUCGCCUUGAUUACAUGAUGAUGGAGGGGGUGUAUACAGACAAGUUUGUGCUGCAUGAGGAGUCUGCGUAUGACCCAGACGCGGACAGCAAAAUCAACGCUGCCCUGCCCCAAGACAAGAAUACUCUGAAGCUUGACCCCAGGCUUGACCUGCAACUGACGUGGCCACGCUUCUUCAAGUUUCAGCCCCUUUGGAAGAUACGCAACUACUUUGGUGAGAAGAUUGCCUUCUACUUUGCCUGGUCAGGGGUGCUCAUAACAUCGCUAUGGUUACCCAUGCUGUUUGGAUUUGCAGUCUUCUUGUAUGGCCUUGUAGAAAGCAUACAGAAAACACUGAAUUCAAAUACAAACUCAGGUUCAGGUGGCAACUUUACAGAUCUAUUCAGAAACAUCAAGGAAUCCUUUGACAAUGAUGUCACACCAUUCUUUGCCAUGUUUAUAUGUAUCUGGGGUACGUUGUUUCUUGAGGCAUGGAAGAGGAAGCAGUCAGAGCUCGCAUACCAGUGGGACGUAGAACAGUUUGAGGAAAAUGAGCCUGACAGGCCGGAGUUCUAUGGCACUGAUAGAAAAAUUGACCCAGUGACCCAGGAGGUAGACUGGUACUAUCCGUUCAGGAGACAGGCUUGGAAAUUCCUCCUCUCCAUCAGCACUCUGCUAUUCAUGAUAUGUGUGGUAAUCAUCAGUGUGUCUGCUGUGAUCGUGUACCGGGUCAUUGCCACAGUGGACUACUGCAGGCUUCUCAGUAGCAGUGAGUGUCUCAUGGUCUCCACCAUCGUAUCAUCCGUUCUCAACGCCAUCUCCAUCUUGAUACUUGGGAAGCUUUAUGACUGGCUCGCCAAGAAACUCACAGACUGGGAGAAUCACCGCACAGAGACCAAGUACAAUGACUCGUUGAUCAUCAAGCUGUUUGCCUUCCAGUUUGUAAACACAUACUCUGCAUGCUUCUACAUCGCCUUCGCUAGAGGGAGGGUGGAUGACAACGGCAUACUGGGACUUGGUGCCAAAUACCAGGAUGCCUGUGAGGGCACGUGCAUGUCCCAGCUGUCCUUCCAAGUCCUCACUCUCAUGAUCACCAAACCCAUACCAAAGUUUGCUGCAGACGUCAUUAUUCCGUGGCUGUUGAAGCAAUGGAGGGCCAGGUGUCAGUGUUGUGCCUGUAUCCCUUUCCUGAGGAAGCUUCUCCGUGUGGACUCCAAACCGAAGUCAGAGAAGACGCUCCUGGAAAUCGAGAGUGAGAAACCAUCUCUAGGCCCCUUCACCAUGGCAGAGUACAAUGAAAAGAUUCUGCUGUAUGGACUUAUGAUGUUGUUUGCUGUAUCCUUCCCACUGGCCCCACUCCUGGCCCUUCUGGUGUUGUUACUGGAUAUCCGGAUUGACGCCAAGAGGAUGUUAUGGUGGUACCAGAGACCUCAGCCUGUCAUUGCAGAAGAUAUCGGGACCUGGUAUGUUGUUCUGCAGUUCCUAAACUUUGCAGGCGUGGUCAGUAACGCAUUCCUCAUUGCAUUCACCUCCUCAUGGGGCUCAAAGUACACCACCUAUGAGAAACUGUGGAUUGUCAUCGGAUUUGAGCAUAUUGUGUUUGUACUGAAAUUUCUGCUGGCCUAUCUCAUCCCUGACACCCCAUCAUCGGUUGCCUUGGCAAUCAGAAAGAAACAUUACCAGUACAGAAAGGUUUUAGAAGAACAUGAAAUGAAAGUCAAAGACAAUAACACUAUGGACAAUGAGACAGAAGUACAAGAGACAGAGGUACGACAACUGAAGAAGAAAAAGAAGCGCAACAGAGAGUCUAAAGAAUUGAGGAAAGAGGGAGAUGGGUCCCCUCCCGUCUACUCCAUAAGGACUAGCUCUGACAGUGAUGAAGAAGAGACAGUACUGACGUAGGAUAUUGGAACGAAACCCUACAUCACACAUAGCAGACUGGACUUUGUGUCUGAUGUUUCAUACUUAUGUUCACCAUAUGCUACAUAAGAUACCUUCUGUUUUCAUUGAAAACGUUUAUCAAAUUUGAAACAAGAAUAAGACAUCAUACUAAGGAAUAAACUUAACCAAUGUUAAAGUUGCAUUUCAACAAUUGAGAAUUAUUCUGAAAGACUGGGCUUAAUGCAUGUGCGUAAAGUGUCGUCCCAGAUUAGCCUGUGCAGUCCGCACAGGCUAAUCAGGGACGACACUUUCCGCCUAAACUUGAUUUUCGGCAAGGAAGGACUUCCUUGAAACUAAAAAUACGAUAAAAGCGGAAAGUGUCAUCCCUGAUUAGACUAUGCAGACUGCACUGGCUUAUCAGGCACGACAUUUAAUGCACAUGCAUUAAACCUCUUUUAUCUAGAGCAAGGUCGACUAUAACUAACAAACAAAUAUAUUGAGACCCACAAGCAUGCAUUAGGCUCUCGUAGGCUUAGCAAUAUUUAUAUUAUGCAAGUCUAAGCACAUGUUUUAUGAGUAAAAUAAUCCCUAGCCUGCACCUUCUUGGUGGGAUACUUUUUUACAAUUUACAAUAAUCUGAAUGAGGAUUUCGAUACAUGUUUUUGAACAGCCACAAAUGAUGAAUAACCAUUCAUUUUUAUUGAGAAUGAAAUGGAGGAAUGCAUACAAUACCAUAUGCAGUGACAGCAUGAUAUGCCUAAUAAAGUAAAGAAAAUCAAAUUGAUGCUUUGUUUGGUCCACAAUUCUUAUAUUUUAAUAGAUUUUUAAUCUAAAAUGUAUAAUAUUAACAAUCAGUAUGUACAAUAGUGUUUUCAUUUGGGUCAACCUGUGAGCAAAGAUAAAUGUUCUAUUGUUACAUUCCAUUAAUUCUCAUCUCUUUUUUGUCUGUGAAUUAAUGGAAAUAAAACAAAGGGUACGAUAUUGUAAUUAGUUUAUUUGAUGAUUUAGUUUUUUUACAUAUUUUACAAAUUAUUUAAAAUGACUAUAUAUAUGUAACAUUUGUAUUUACAUUUACAUUCAUUUUGCUUUUUCUUCUGAAAAUGUUGCCAUUGCGAAUACAUAUACAUGUUUUAUUCAUUCUUCAAUAUUUAAGAAAACCAGUUUAUGGCAUUUACAUCAAACAUCACAUCAUAAAAUUUAGCUUUUAAAUACAUUUUUACCAUACUCAGUGCAGAGAAAUCAACUAUUUCUUUAACAAGUUGAAAAUACUAUUUUUUUAGAGUAAGCGAUAGCGUGUGGCCAGUCAGGCAGACAGGCCGCGUCUACAAGGUGGUCUUCUGUCAAUAACUUUAGUAUGCGAUGACUGAUCUUGAUGAAACUUUAGAUAUGACAAGCUUGUUUUGAGCCCUCAAUUGGGGUUGUAUUUGGGGCUUGUCGGGACAUGGUCAAGGUCACUGUUGCUAAAAAUAGGAAAAACAUUUCCAGUCAAUUACUUAAGAUUGGAUGGAGAUAAUGUACUGAAAUUUUGUGUAGAGGUAAUGUACAUGAAGACAUUGUUUGGUGGGAUUGCACUUGUGGGCAAGUGAAGUCAAUGGCAUUGUUACAAAAAAAAAUAGACAAACAGCAAACUGGUUGUUUCUUGUCAAUAACUUUUAGACCAAUAUUGAUGAAGCUUUUAGGAUCUCGCAAGCUUGCAUGGGAACCUAGCUUGGGUUUAUAUGAGGGCUUUUAGUAAAGGUCAAGGUUACUGCUCCUUAAAGUUGAACAUUGGUUUCUGGUGAAUAUCCUCAGUUUGGAUGAAGGUAUUGUAUUGAAGUUGUGUAUCUUAUUAAGUAAGAUACUUCAUCUGCUAUGAGCCUUUGUUAUAUAAUGUUAUUUAUGAACGACUGGGUGGGGUAACAGCCUAGCAGUAUAUAAUUUUCAGCCUUACCAUGGGUUUUCAUUCGGUAGAGCUGGCUUAAGCGUAAAUUCACUGUUAUAAAAAAUAUGAAACAUGAUUUAUGCUUAAUAGCUUGAAUGCAGAUUGAGCUUCAGUAUAUGAAAGUUAAAUGUAUACUUGGCUUAUUAUUAAAUUUGGGUCAAGAUCAAUGUUUGUAAAGAUAAAAAACAAUCCAUUGAAAAGUUAGUUUUUAUGGGGAUAUUGUUCUGAAACGUGUUGGCCCCUUUAAAGGAAACCUAUCUUGGGAUUACACAAUUUUUGAAUUAAUAACUGAAACGUUGAAAACAUUGAACUAUUUCAGAUGUAUUAUCAUAGAAUGAAACUCAUAUUUGUUUACUUACAUAUCAUUUCAUCUCAGAUGGUGCUUUCGGAGGACAAUAGCAAUUAAAAAAGAACAUGCUUUUUAUUAAAGCUUAUAUAUAUUUGGAAAUAAUGUAGAUGUCUGUAAAAGCCAUAUGUCUUGAUUUAGGUUGCAUUUAACAUAAUGAGGGUAAUGAUAUAUAUAUGAAAUGGGAAUAUAUGAAAUAAUAUGUGUCUGUGAUAAUCUGUACUGUAAGUUUAAUAUCAAUGCACAAUCAUGGAUGUAUUCUUUCUAUUUUAAUUUGUAAGAUCAUCCUCUGAUGUGGAUAUUCCGUCCAAAUAUGUGUUUAUGAAUUUACUAUUUGCCACUCAUAACAUGAAGACAUGUGCUAUAUUGACUUUUAAAUAUGUGUUCGUCAUUCAUGGAUAUUUUUUUCAACGUGGUUACCAAUUUUGUUUAAGUAAUUUCCAUGUAAAUUUAAAAUAUAUUUUAGGAUAUAUAUUUUUUAAGUUUUAACGUCUACAUCAACUAGUUAAAAUGGUAAUUACUUGUAACUUCUUUCAUAGAAAAAAAAACCAAUACAAUAAACACAAUGUCUAUGAAACAAGUUUAAUAUUAUCAGCAGUCAGGAAAGCUUUUAUGAAAUACACUUUGGUAAAGGGAUAUUAUUUAAAUCAGUCAUAUACUGGUAUUCAUGAAAAUGUAGUAUUUUUGGUAUUUUUACAUACCUUAAUUUGUUCAAAAUAUUUUCUUUGUGAAUAAUAUGACACUACAAUACUCUGUGAUUAUGGUAAUUCUAUGUGUUAAAAUCUUAAGUUGUGACAAGAAAUUGUGUUGUAAAAUUGUUAAUAAGAGUAAUUUUUUAAUUUGCCUUUUUUUUAACACAAAGUGCAGCUAUUGUCUCCCUUUGGAGACUAUUUUUGUAUCAGGGAAUAUUUGUACUAUAUUUACUAUAAAUAAUGAUUUGGUCAAAUUGGAAUUUUUAAUUGGGUAGCAGAAAAUUAUUUACAGUUCAGUCACUCUGGAAUUUAAAUGUAAGGGUGUUAGCCUAAGUUGCAUUAAAGUCAAGCAUCUGUACAGCAAAACAUAUUUUGUAACCUCACACAAAAUGCAUAUUAAAUAAAAUUUUCAUGAAUUCAAACAAGUUUUGUCCCUAAUAGAAGCCUGUGCAGAAAGAAAGCAUGAUAAAUGAAACAACGUCUCGAUAUUUUGCAUAUUGCCUGAUGCAUGCAUUUCUUACUGAUUGGCUUAUUGACUUUAAGUGCUUUUUGUUUUGUUUUCAAAGGGACUUCUUUUCGUUUUUUGAUAAAUGUAAUCAAAUAUUUACUUACAAAUCUAUAAUGAUUCAAAAUGGUUUAACUAAUUGUAAUAGUGAGAAAAAAAGUUGAACAAUGAUAAUGCCCGCCCCGGAAUUUAAAUUUGGACCUCUGGAAGCAAAAGCAGAUUGGCUACCACGGGAGUAAGUUUUUACUGGUGAAACAUUUAAACUAUUUCAGUAGUCAACACAUUUUCCAAAUUAUCAAGGAAAAGGGUGACAUACGCUUUAUUAUUUUUAACAAGGUUUUCCGAAGGAAAAAACUGGUUAUUAGAUCGGCGAAUGUCGGCGGGCGGGCGGGCUGGCGGGCGUAACAAGCUUGUCCGGGCCAUAACUUUGUCGUUCAUUGUGAGAUUUUAAAAUCAUUUGGCACAUUUGUUCACCAUCAUUAGACGGUGUGUCGCGCAAAAGAAUUUCGUCAAUAUCUUCAAGGUAAAUGUCCCCACGACUAAAAAUAGAUUUAUUUUGAAACAAAGGUGGUUAAUUAUAAACAAUCAGUUCAGUUCGAGUUGUCUCCCUAUAUCAUACUUUGUUUUUCAAAUUGAAAACCUGGUUUUGUGACAAUUUUUUCCCUUGUUUAGAUUUUAAAUGAUGUUCAUCUAUUAAGGAACCAAUAUUUCUUUUGCAAUUUUCCUUGUCAGGGGCUUUAUUUAAAUUUGUUCUAAACAUAAUGUGUUCACUCUUUUUUGAAUCUUUCACAAUUGUUAUGUAAAUCAACUUUUUUUACAAACUGUGAACAAUUUCCUUUAAAAUUAAAAUGAGUUUAAAAUGGUAAUGCAAAUAAAACAUCGCUCUCUUUUGUUCAAUGACAGAUAUUAUUUGUUUCAAAGAUUGUUUUCUGUACGUACCAAUAUUGGAUGUACAUGUAUUUUUAUUGGCCAGUUGUAUUGGUAUUUCUGGAAGAUCUUCUUAUGUUUUUGUUAAUAAACAUUCUGUGUAUGUUUACAAAUCCUGGUAUUUAAUAAAUGUAAACUACUGAAAUAGAUGUUUAAGUGUUUUAAAAAGUGCAAUUUCUAUUUUUUAAAUUAUAAAAUAUGUUUUUGGUGUUGUGUUUAAUUUACUGCUGUAUUCAUAUCUUGUGUUCCCUGACUAAGAGCGUUCUGCACAUUUAAUAUUUUUAUUUGAAUGAAAGUUUUGAAAAUUUACCUGACAGGAUUUUGAAACUUAUCAAACAAAUUCUAAAUGUUGAAACAGCCAUGUAAUCAAGUAUAAACCUUAGCCCAAGUUAUCUGCUGGUUUGUUAUUUAGAGAGAAUCAUUUGAUCACUUUGUUAUUAAAAUUGCAAAACCUACUUGAUUCAUACUAGCCGUGUAUCCAUUAAUGAGACAUUUCACUGUAUUAGCUACACAAAUGUUUAUUGCUAUGUAAUAAACAUUUGAGUACUAGUACAUAAUGAACAUUAGAGUACUUUUUUUCUGUUUCAAGUACUUUAUUAAUUACGUAAUAUAUUUAUGCACAUUCAAUCAAUUUACACAGAAAAGUACAUAUACAUAUACAUAGGGAAUACAUGAAAAUGAUAAUGAAAAGGUGGAAUGGUUUGGACAAUAAAGGACACAAAGGUAUACAAGUAGAAAAGCAUAUGAAGUAGAAAUAUAAAUAUAUUUAUCUUCUUCUUUUUUCCUGAAAUUUUAUAAAACAGAAUUAAAUUAUAAAAUUAUUCCAUUUAUGAGUAUGUUUUUCAGUUUUACCCUUCCUGCUUGCGAUUAUCUCUUCGAUUUUUAUUUUGUAUUUAAAAUAUUCUAAAAAUCUUUCAUAAGAGUACUUAUUAUAUUAGUUUGGGGUAGUUUAAGAAAAUAUCACUGUAUAUGGGACAAAAAAAACGGAUGAAAUAAGGUAAUAUCCUUUAACCCUUUAAGGAAAGAUCUUCAAAUCAUAUCUCCUUUAUACAUUCAAGAUAAACUUUCUGUGUAAGUAAACUAUUACUGAUGUCCAGACUUGUAACAAUGUAAAUUUGUAAGCAAUUUUUUUAAAUGUUUAAAUCUUUUUGCGGUAAAAGAAAUAUAUAAUAAACCAUUAAAUGAAGAUAAGUACUGAAGUUGGAGAUACUGACUCUUGAUUAAUAUAUCUUCGUUUAUUUAUAGAUCUUUGCUCAAUUCAUUUAUAUUUUCAUCACUUUUACCCUCUUCACUGACAUCACUUAUCUUAAACUAAAACAUUUGGCAUAUUUUGCCAUGCAGUCAUACUGAUAAUUUAAAAAUUAAAAUGCCGAUUUAACAGAUUAUCUUGCUAAAUGAUUUUCACAUUUUUAUCAUCAACAUAUUUGCUUACACACAUAAGUUAGUGCCUUUUAUGUACUUCAUAUUUUAAAUUGUUGAUUUAUUUUAUUAUUAAGUAGUUGAUUUGUUUUGAUUAUGACAUAAAAGGAACAUAUGACCUUACUUUAGAAAAUGUAUUUCAAUUUCAAUUAAAUUUGUAUUUGAAUUUUCAAGAAUUUAAAACAUUCAUAGAUUGUUUUAAUAACUGUUAAUUGGUUAUUCUGUAAGAUUGUGUUAAUUUUACAAAUUGAAAGAAUUAGACAAAUUGUUUAAUUGUAACUUUUUUAAAAUUCUGGAAGUAUCAGGUUUGACCGUAAACUUUGUUUUAUAUUCCUGCCAUUAUUUAGCUAUAUUUUAAAGCAUGACUUUUGUUGGCCAAAAGCAGUCAAAUGUGUCGGACAGUACGGCCUUAUAAUUCAAAAUUAACGCUCAAUUAGCUUCAAAAUUUCUGUCUAAUUUUCAAAUGUGCUUGGUCUAUCUUGAUGAAACAAAAACAAAAAUUGUAUGUUUCUUGUUUGGUUUUCUUCUCAAUCUUUGAUCAUGGAUUUGCAAUUAUAUAAUUUUUCUAUGAAUCGUUUUCAAAAUUGCUGAUGCCAGUCAUCUAUUUUUGUAUUUUUAAUAUUUUAAAUGUGCUUUUAAUUUUAAUAUCUGUAAUUAUUUCAAAUCUGCAUCGGGACAAAUACAAAAUCUGGCUUUAAUGCUGGUUCUUAUUUUAAUGCAUAAAGUCAAUUAUAUUCCUUUUAAAUAAUAUACAACAAUUCUAAAUUAGUUCUGAUAUUAUUUGCAGUAAUGAACUAGGUGUCUGUAUAUCAUUUGAUAAUUUUCCCCAAUUAUGGUCAAUUUGUAUCGAAUUAUAUAGAUAUGAGCAGUUGUAUUCUAUGUUUCGAUAAAGACCAAGCACAUGUGAAGGGAAUAAUUCAUAAGUUUAUGUUUACUGGUAAAAUGUACAUGUGUUAGUUUUAUUUUGUAUUAUAGCUAUUGUAUACCUUGUUGUGAUAUACCGCCUUUGUUAGUGUUUAUUUAAUUAUGUAUUAAAUUUUGUAGUCAAAUUAA